AUGGCCGGCCUGACCGAACUGGAGCUGCUCACGUUCCACAAGCUCGAGCGCGAUUUCUUCCACCGGCUGGUGCACGACCUCGGCCAGGACCCGGCGACCAUGCGGUGGCUGAUAGCGUUCUGGCUCUGGCUCGAGUCCGCGGGCCACCACGACUUCAUCCGCCGCGCCGCCGCGCUUCCGGGACCCGUCGUGCUGCGGUUCGUCGAAGAGGCGAUCGCAUGCCUUCGCUGCCUCGCCGGGCCGGGCCAGGGAGCGGUGGCCGCCAGCGACGGUCGCGACAGGCGCCUGCCCUGCACCAACGCGCUCCUAGCCGAGCCCAUUGACGACGUGGGCUACUUCGUCGGCCGCCGCGAGGAGGUCCUGGGCGGUGUCACCUCCAUGUACAAGAACGUCUGCCUCGUCAUCUGCGAUGUCAACACCACCACCACUUACGUGCUUCCCGGCAACACGGGCGGUGCGCGCGCUGCCCCGCCGGUGGUCACCUCCCCUAGCUGCGCCGCCCCGCCAGUGAAGGCGUCCUGGACGCUGAACCCGAUGGCUUCGCCGUGGAUCCCGGUGCAGAGCCCCCUGCCGGACGACUACCGCUCGCUGUUCAUCACCUUCUCGAGAGGCUACCCCAUCAGCAAAGAGGACAUCACGGAGUUCUUCAACUCGAUGUACGGGCCGUGCGUGGAGGCGGUGAUGCUGGAGAAGGCGGCGCCAGGGCAGCUGCCGGUGUACGGAAGGAUGGUGCUGCGCAGCGCGGCGAUGAUCCCGGCGGUGCUCGACGGCCUGCAGACGGCCAAGUUUCUGAUCAAAGGCAGGCACCUCUGGGCCAGGAUCUACGUCCCAAGCUCUAGGCUCGACUUCUACGCUUGAUACCUACUAUGCCAAGCUGGAGUACGGUUGAGCCGGAGCUCAUUAACGUGUCAUUUCCAAGACAACGGGCUCUCUAGCUUCAGACAGAGCUUUUGCUUGUAUUGCGGAAUAAUCUUGGGUGUUGCAUGUUUGUGUUUCUGUACUGUGCUCUGUAUAUACGUCUUUCCAUUCCAGAGUUUACUAAUAAACGUACCAGUUACUCUAUGUUUAAAAACCAUACUUCUACUUGUAUGGCAGUUUGUAGUAUG